ACCACCUCAUCAGCCCGGCCCAUUCACCGCCCUGCACGCACGCCACCGCCUCCGCCGCCGAAGCCGAAGCACGCCGCCUCGACGGAAUCCUCCUUUCUUUGGUGGCCAUCCUCCAUCGUCCUCCCCUCCCUCGUCGGCCGGUGGGCGCAGAGCGGAGAUCGAUCCGGACCUUGAGUUGGCUCCCUCUUCUGCUGGGUACCAUGAAGAGGUUGGUGUCGACCGCCCUCGUCGCGAGGGGGCUUGUCAGAUCGUGCCGCGCGCCAACGACAGCGGCUGUGUCACGACCAGCUUUCCAGCAGUUUAUGAACUACUCAUCAGGACAUGGUGGUGAUGAUCCUAAUGCAACCGGGGAUUCAACUGCAACACAAAUAGCUGCUGAUCGUGAUACACAUCAAGAUUUCAAACCAAUGAGCAAAAGUUCGGACACAUCUUUGCAUGACAUUGUUGCUCAGGAUAUCAGGGAGAACCCAGUUUUGAUCUACAUGAAGGGUUUCCCUGAGUCUCCAAUGUGUGGCUUCAGCGCACUGGCAGUCAAGGUCUUCCAGCAAUAUGAUGUCCCUAUCUGUGGUAGAGAUAUUCUGGGAGAUCUCAGGCUCAAAGAGGCUGUCAAAGCCCACACUAACUGGCCUACAUUUCCACAAAUAUUCAUCAAAGGAGAGUUUGUUGGGGGAUCUGACAUCAUUUUAAGCAUGCACCAGAAGGGGGAGCUAAAGGAUCUGCUUGGUGAUAUCACACAAAGAUAUGGACAAAAGCCGGAUGCUAACGAGCCAUAAAGGAAUCCACGGUGCAUACUUUUUCACUGUGCAAGCUACUUUGUGACAAUAUUAUUCUCAGACAAUCAUUAGGUGACCUUGCAUGCGGUUAUGUGCGGCACCGGAUAUGGAUGUGGUGCCAGGUUGUUUAAUCUGGCAUUCUGGAUGAGACAAAACCAUGAUCGGAGUGUACCGAGUUCUUUGUCAGAAUGAAUAAGUGCCACUACGCAAUUGCAGUUCUUUGGUGCAUUUGUAUAUGGAGCUUUAGUUCAUAGGUUGCGCUGCAUUCCCAUAUUUUGUAAUUCAACUGAACCUGCAAUGACAGAUAUGGCUGUAAAAUGCUUAUGCGAAACAUGUUCUGAAUUCUGCCACCGUGAUCACAUAAACAAGUUGUGAGCUUGAUGAUUACUAUUUACAAAAAAAAAAUCUAUGAUUC